GGGGAUGCCACCGUGAUGGGCCGCAUCGCCUCACUGACAUCAGGCCUGAAGGUGGGCCAGACCCCCAUUGCUGCUGAGAUCGAACACUUCAUCCAUCUGAUCACAGCCGUGGCAGUCUUCCUCGGUGUCACUUUCUUUGGGCUCUCACUCAUCUUGGGCUACACCUGGCUGGAGGCUGUCAUUUUUCUUAUUGGCAUCAUUGUGGCAAAUGUGCCUGAGGGGCUGCUGGCCACCGUCACGGUGUGUCUGACCCUGACGGCCAAGCGCAUGGCUCGGAAGAACUGCCUGGUGAAGAACCUGGAGGCGGUGGAGACGCUGGGCUCCACCUCCACCAUCUGUUCAGACAAGACGGGCACCCUCACCCAGAACCGCAUGACCGUCGCCCACCUGUGGUUCGAUAGGACCAUCUACAAGGCCGACACCAGCGAAGAACAGACUGGGAAUUCGUUUGCCAAGGGCUCUGAUACCUGGUUUAUCCUGGCCCAGAUCGCUGGCCUCUGCAACCGGGCUGACUUUAAGGGGAAUCAGCAGACCCUUCCCAUCUCUAAGUGGGCGACGACAGGGGAUGCUUCGGAGUCAGCCCUCCUCAAGUUCAUCGAGCAGUCUUACAGCUCUGUGAAGGAGAUGAGGGAGAAAAGCCCCAAGGUGGCUGAGAUCCCCUUUAAUUCUACCAACAAGUACCAGAUGUCCAUCCACCUCCGGGGUGACAGCUCCCAGACCCACGUACUGAUGAUGAAGGGGGCACCUGAGAGGAUCCUGGAGUUUUGCUCCACUUACCUUCUGAAAGGGCAGGAGCACCCAAUGGACGAUGACAUGAAGGAAGCCUUCCAGGAUGCCUACUUGGAACUGGGGGGUCUGGGGGAACGCGUGCUAGGGUUCUGCUUCUUGAAUCUGCCUAAUACUUAUGCCAAGGGGUUCAAGUUUAACACCGAUGAAAUCAACUUCCCCAUGGAAAACCUUUGUUUUGUGGGGCUCAUCUCCAUGAUUGACCCUCCCCGAGCUGCAGUGCCUGAUGCCGUGAGCAAGUGUCGGAGUGCCGGGAUUAAGGUGAUUAUGGUAACAGGGGAUCAUCCCAUUACAGCCAAGGCCAUUGCCAAGGGAGUGGGCAUCAUUUCAGAAGGCUCUGAGAUAGCAGAGGACAUCGCUGCCCGGCUCAAGAUCCCUGUCGACCAGGUCAAUGCCAGGGACGUCAAGGCCAUUGUGGUGCAUGGCUCAGAUCUAAAGAACAUGAACUCCGAGCAACUGGAUGAGAUCCUACAAAACCACAAUGAGAUCGUGUUUGCUCGGACCUCACCCCAGCAGAAGCUCAUCAUCGUAGAGGGAUGUCAGAGGCUGGGAGCCAUUGUGGCGGUGACGGGGGACGGGGUGAACGACUCCCCUGCGCUGAAGAAGGCGGACAUCGGCAUCGCCAUGGGCAUCGCCGGCUCUGACGUGUCUAAGCAGGCGGCCGACAUGAUCCUGCUGGACGACAACUUUGCCUCCAUCGUCACGGGCGUGGAGGAGGGCCGCCUGAUCUUUGACAACCUGAAGAAAUCCAUCGCCUACACCCUGACCAGCAACAUCCCCGAGAUCACCCCCUUCCUGCUCUUCAUCAUCCUCGGGAUCCCCCUCCCUCUGGGCACGAUAACCAUCCUCUGCAUUGACCUGGGCACCGACAUGGUCCCUGCUAUCUCCUUGGCUUAUGAGUCAGCUGAAAGUGACAUCAUGAAGAGAGCUCCACGGAACCCCAAGACUGAUAAUCUGGUGAACCACCGUCUCAUUGGCAUGGCCUACGGACAGAUUGGCAUGAUCCAGGCUCUGGCAGGAUUCUUCACCUACUUUGUGAUCCUGGCCGAGAAUGGCUUUAAGCCCGUGGAUCUGCUAGGCAUACGCAUCAACUGGGAAAACCGAUACAUCAAUGACCUGGAGGACAGCUAUGGACAGCAGUGGACCUAUGAGCAGCGGAAGGUGGUGGAGUUCACGUGCCACACGGCCUUCUUCGUCAGCAUCGUGAUUGUGCAGUGGGCGGACCUCAUCAUCUGCAAGACCCGCCGCAACUCAGUCUUCCAGCAGGGCAUGAAAAAUAAGAUCCUAAUAUUUGGGAUCCUGGAGGAGACCCUCCUGGCUGCUUUUCUGUCCUACACUCCAGGCAUGGACGUGGCCCUGCGAAUGUACCCACUCAAGAUAACCUGGUGGCUGUGUGCCACUCCCUAUAGCCUCCUCAUCUUUAUCUAUGAUGAAGUCAGAAAAUUCAUCAUCCGUGGUCAUCCUGGCGGCUGGCUGGAGAGGGAGACCUACUACUAAACUCAACAGAGGAAGAGCUUCACAUGACACAGGGGUGUCCUGAGGGCCGGCUCGGGGAGGGUUAGGGGUAGUGGGUCUGCAGGAACAUCAGAGAGAGCAUGUUAGUUGGGGCAG